CUCGAAAGUGGGCAAAUGUCACUGCAUUUAAGAGCGUGAAUGUAACGCGAAUAAAUUCCAGCCCUUCUUCUCUCCGGAGCAGGGCCCACAGCUCGACAAAACAAUUAUCUCUUUCUUCUGCGCUCUCCUCUCUAUAUCAAUUGCUAUUCAUUAUUUCUACCGCCAGAGUGACAGCGCUGGGAGUGAUAGAGUUCGGCUUUUAGCUACCGGAAGUCAGAGAGGAGAUCCGACGGUUGACGGGAGAAGGAGGGAGAGGGAGACAAAGAGAUAUGUCGGCCACCGGCGGCGGAGGCGGCGGCGGGCAGGAGGAAGACAAGAAGCCCGGGGAUCAGGGAGGUCACAUCAACCUCAAAGUCAAGGGCCAGCCAGGAAAAGAAGUGGAAAAAAAGAGAGCUUGCCUGGAAACAAGUAGUGAUUUUGAAAUCAGGAUUUUUUUGUUCAGUGCUUGCAUAAAUUGGUGGCUGGUACAUGUUUGACCUUCCAGAUGAAAUGGGUUGCUUUUUUUUUUGUCUUAAUUUCGACUCGGGUGAUUUUGCUUUCAGCUUGUAUUCUUACUCUUUCCAACUACUCCUACCUUGUUGGUGUUUUCUCUUUUUAUUAACCUACAUGUGUGAUUCUGCAGGAUGGGAACGAGGUGUUCUUCAGGAUUAAGCGCAGCACCCAGCUUCGCAAAUUGAUGACAGCAUACUGCGAUAGACAGUCGGUGGACCUGAACUCGAUUGCAUUCUUGUUCGAUGGUCGUAGGCUUCGUGUUGAUCAGACCCCAGACGAGCUUGAAAUGGAAGAUGGAGAUGAAAUUGAUGCCAUGCUGCACCAGACAGGUGGCUUCCUUGGAUGUCGUUAACUUCUAUGUAGUAGUAGUGAUGGACGGGGGAUGUUAUUUGCCUUUGCUUAAUCUGAACUCUACUGAGAGAUAGUGAGAGAGCUUAUGGACAUAGAAGCUGAAAGUUUGAUUCUGUUCUAACAAUACAGGCACUCUGCAUUUUGUACUUGUUUCAAAUAGUCCUGUAGUUGAACUUCUAUUUCCGAUGUUUGGCUAUGCUUUCUAUCUGGUUGGGACUCGGCUGUCAUCUUGCGAUUUGCCUAAACUGGUCUAAUUGAGAAUAAAAUAGCUAGUGUUGCUGGAAAUUGAAAGGAAU